CACCGUUUGGAAGCCAUCCUGAACAGCCGCCCUCCUUGAAGCGAACACGUGAGCUUUACUGAGAUAUCGAUGUGCAGCCGCGACAUCUGACGUAUUACCCACUUGAAUACGGGACACCUACGCCACACCCACGGACCACACCCACGGGUUCGAAGUCUCCCACUUCCUGGAGGGUCAGAGUCGGCUUCCUGGGGAUGCCGUUUGGGAUCAGUCUCGGCGAGCUUUUGGCCACGGCGGGAGUAUUCGCAGUCGCUUUUGGUCCCGGGGAUAUUCCGGCGCUCGCCCGGAGAUUCGGUAAACUAACGGGACAUGCCACUGGAUAUGUCAACCUUAUCAACCUCAGGGCCGAGCGACUCGCACGUAAAGCUGACGUACUUGAACUUCACCGAGAUAUGAAACGGAGCAUGUCGAUGCUAGCAGGAGUUACACAACAGAUAAAUUCUGGACUGAGGCCAACUCUUAUCAGUGAAGCACAUGAGGUUCAUCACUCAAUCCUCGACCGGUACGUUGACAGGGACGUCUGCGGCGUGCCUGUUGUGGCGCGUGCUUCACGUAUGUCUCAUACACAUUCCCACGACUAUUUCAUUACGGCAAAUCCAGACUCCCUGAUUUCGAGAGGUCGUUCGAGCAAGUUUCAGCACGACCCAACCUGGAGGCUGGGGCACGGUGCAUACUCCGCUCGCAACAAAGAUCAGCAAAGAGAGGACGCUACCACCAAUGGUUCCGACAUUCUCGCUCGUUGUCUUCGUAUCUCUGAGCUGAAACACGCAAGAUGAAUGUGUUAAAGGAACAUGGUCCCGCUCGCAACAACGCGUAUCAGGCUUGUCUUUGAUCAACACCCCUA